AUGGACCGAGGUCCCCCGCAUCAGCCCACCGAAUCCGGGCCGGGAGCUCUUCAGCUCACCUGGGCAUCCAUAUCUUCAACUUCCAACUCACAAACACCUAUAUAUACCAUGUCCGGCAAUUACGGCAGCUACCAGACCGAAAUCUACGGCAAGGGUGCCCUAAUGGGCACCCUGCCCAGCGUAACCACCGACCCUCGCCUCCUGGAAGAACAAGCCCAGAAGGCACUGGGAGUGCGCGCCUUCAAUUAUGUUGCGGGUGGCGCGGGCGAGAAAGCCACCAUGGAUAGCAAUCGGCUGGCAUUUCGGCAGUGGAAGCUAAUCCCUCGGAUGAUGCGCAAUAUGCACGACCAAGACGUAUCAGUCGAACUCUUUGGCCAGAAAUAUGAUAAUCCCCUUAUCAUGGCGCCGGUCGGUGUACAGGGGAUCUUCCACGAAGACAAGGAGACCGGUCUGGCCAGUGCAUGCGAAGAAGUAGGUGUCCCCUACACGAUGAGCACGGCGAGCACAAGCACCAUUGAAGACGUCGCGACCGCCAACAAAGACGGGAAACGAUGGUAUCAGCUCUACUGGCCGAAAGACAACAAUGUCACACUAUCGCUGCUCAAACGGGCUAAAGAGAAUGGGUUCUCUGUGCUAGUUGUUACGCUGGAUACUUGGUCGCUGGCGUGGCGGCCGGCUGAUCUGGAUAAUGCCUAUGUGCCUUUUAUCAAAGGGGUCGGUAACCAGGUCGGGUUUAGUGAUCCGGUGUUCCGGGCCAAGUUCGAGAAGGAGUCUGGGUGUCCUGUGGAGGAGGAUGUUAUUGGUGCUUCGAGGGCGUGGGUCGGUGAUGUGUUUGCUGGGAGUCCGCAUGAGUGGGAGGACUUGGCUUUCCUUAGGGCGAAUUGGGAUGGGCCGAUUGUGUUGAAGGGCAUUCAGCAUGUGGAGGAUGCGAAGAGGGCGCUGCAGUCUGGUUGUGAUGGGAUUGUGGUUUCGAAUCAUGGUGGUCGCCAGGUGGACGGGGCCAUUGGGUCUUUGGAUGUUCUGCCGGAGAUAGUCGAUGCAGUUGGCGAUCGAAUGACGGUACUUUUUGACUCGGGCAUUCGGACGGGAUCGGAUGUUAUCAAGGCGCUGUGUUUGGGAGCCAAGGCGGUUCUAGUUGGUCGGCCGGUAAUUUAUGGUCUCAGUAUUCAGGGCCGAGACGGGGCCAAGCAGGUCCUUCAGGGCCUUUUGGCUGAUCUUUGGCAGAAUAUGGGCCUAUCAGGCAUUCGCAAUGUGGGCGAAUGCGAUCGCAAGGACGAACCCGAGAUCCACCCGGCUUCAGGCGCGACGCUACUCCCACGACCAGUGGCAUCGCUGAUCUCACUAAUCACCCAGUCAACCUCCCUAUCCCUACGACUGGGAACAUUCUUCGGCGGGGCUGCCCUAGAUGGCGCGCGAGCCACCACUCUCACCAGCCUAGAGCUAAGCCGAGCCUUGGUGGAGGGGAUCCUAACGAGAGCAGGACGCGACGUCGCGAUCCGUAGUGGGGAUGAACAUGGCAGAACAGAGGCCGAGUCUCUGCUUGAGCGGAGUUUGGCAACCCUGCACUCGACUGUGACCUCGGCUUCUUUUUUCGCAGCCGCGACGUUCCACUUCUCGUCAACGACUUUGGCUUCCGUUGCCAAUCUCUCGCAGGCGCUUUUGUCUACGUUGGAUGCCGUUCUUGGAUCUACCGAGUCGUCGAGGGCUAUUGCGGCUAUUAUCACGCUUAUCAGACGCGAGUUUAGAUCCGUGGAACCUGGUGCGAGUACUGAGAAGAUUGGUGUUGGUGAUCUACUAGUCGGGUCUCUGGGCUUUGCACUGCUACAGCGAUGGGGCAAGAAGAACACUGAACGACAUCUGCAUCAGAAUGGUGGAGAUGAGAUCGUCUGGGAUGUUGUCAUCCUGGACAACGGUGCCCGAGCAGACGUGAUCGGGUCCCAUGAACUACAGUUCGCCAACCCCAAGAAUGAGGAGCUGGUCCGGCCUGGUAAUGCUUCAUUUGUGGUGCCGCAGAAUGGCGAGGAAGCCUUCGAUGCAGUCCGACGAUCGAGCAUGACUGAACCAUUUAACGGAUCUCGUCUCUCAAUUCCUUUGGAUGGUCAGCAGCAGGUAUCUGAUGAGGACAUCCGCGCUUAUAUCAUGAGCCAGCUUCCUCAGGGCUGCCAUGCAUCCAUCAAAUCGGAAGUCCUCACGGCGCGAACUAUCACCGUCGAUAUCUACGAUGACGAUAUGGCAGAGAUUGCAGCACCGCCGGGAACAAAAAUGGUCGAGGAACGAUUUCAUCAUGAUACUGAUGAUGAAAAUAAUGUGACAGACGGUCAGCGACGCUGCCCAAGGCAUACAGUGGUGUUUAGGACUGCUUUCAACAAAUCCCAAAGCACUCAACUGCGACCUCAUGACAGUUCUACCGAUGUCCUACCUGAGCCCGACCAUCGCAAACGAUCGCCAGGAAAAGCAUUACCUAGUCUUCCGAUGGGAUCACAGCAUGACCGGUCGCACUCACAUCCUGAUAUCAUAAAUGGAGGCUUCAAGCACCAUGUGACGACUCCUGACUCGCCGAGCGAAACACCCAAAUCCGCAACGGGCAGAGGAUCAUUCAGCAAAUUUGCACAGAAGGUCAAGCCGCCUGGUUUUGAGAAAAGCGAUGCCAAGCGUCCAGCAAAGAAGCCAUCUAUAAAGUCGCCCACUUCUUCCGCACUCCCUCUUCCUCGUCUGCCUCCUAGGCCGGUAAAAGGAACUGCAUCUGUAAAGGAGGCGACUGCACGCGAAACGUCUACCAGACCCGAUCUCAAGAAGAGACAGGCAGAGCCUAUAGACUAUCGACCGACAACACCUGUCCCGAAUCGAGGCUUAAGAAGGUCGCCAUUCCCCAACUCUCCCCAGAGACAAUCAUCGCAGCAAGCAAAACGCGCUCCAUCACACGAUGCACAUAACCAAAGAGGCCCACGCGGGCAUUAUGCAGUGCGCGAGAAGAGUCAGGAAUCUCUCCUCACUCAAACAGACGCUUUCUUCUCGCGUCGGACUUCAGAUAUGCGGCCUGGCUCACCUGCGAUGUCUCGGACUCAUGUUCGCAGUAGCAGCUCCUUGUCCGUGAGUAGGUCUGAGACUGACGGAGCGGUGUCUGCAAAUGACAACCGACCCAGUUCGUCAGCUCUGCAUCACAGAUCCCACUCAUACACUCCCAGUCUAUAUUCACUGGCGACUGCCGGGUCUGAGACAUCGCUCGUACUUGCACAUCGGCCUCGCAAAAGUGCCUACGAGGAUAUGGAAACCAUCCAGGCGCUCAAUCGCGAUGGCCUCAUCCCGGGAAUCUUCCCUGAGAGACAUUUUGUCCAGAACAUCCGCCGGUUUUGCCGUUUCUCGUCCGCCUCUUAUGGCUCCAAUGCCCUCAAGGUCAUGGGCGUGCCAAGAGGCACAAAGACUCUGCCACCAGCCAGGUCAGACACUCACGAGCACAGCGCCUUCUCGGAUCACGCCGGUCUCCCUCCCUCUACAAUCCUCCUUUCUUCCUUCGUCGAUCCAGCCGGUGGCUCCAACGCAGCCGGCGAGACAGAAACAGGAUUUCCACUCGUCCACUACCUCUCCAUUGACCAUGACUCCAAAGCCGUGGUCCUAACUCUCCGAGGGACAUGGGGCUUCGAGGACAUCCUAACAGACAUGACCUGCGACUUCGACGACCUCGAAUGGCAAGGCAAAAGCUGGAAAGUACACAAAGGCAUGCACGCCUCGGCCAAACGUCUCCUCGAAGGCGGCGGCGGCCGAGUAAUGAUCACCCUCCGCGCAGCCCUAGAAGAAUUUGAAGACUACGGCGUAGUCCUAUGCGGCCACUCCCUCGGCGGCGGCGUCGCAGCCCUCCUAGCAACAAUGAUUUCCGAGCCAAACCCCUCCCCACUCGGCACCUCCUUCGUAACAGCCUCAUACCAACCAACUCCGCGACCGCCCCUCCUAACAGCAUCAACCAACACCCCAUCGUCCCUUCCCCCAACCUCCCCCCUCCCCAUCCCAACCGGCCGCCCAAUCCACGUCUAUGCCUACGGCCCCCCAGCCGUAAUGUCCCCCUUCCUCCGCCUCGCUACACGAGGCCUAAUAACAACAAUCGUCAACGGCCAAGACGUCGUGCCCAGUCUCUCCCUGGGCAUCCUACAUGACAUGCACACAGCAGCAAGCAGCUUCAAGGACGACGCCUCGGGUGCGAAAUCUCAUAUCCGCACCCGUCUCCGCGAAUCACUCCGUCAGAGCAUCAUCCAUAAAUUCUACGUGAAUCAGCCUCCGCUCGUUGUCAAUGCCGGUGAUGGCGUUGGCGAGGAUGCGUGGGCGUGGAAAACGCUUAUGUUGUUGCGGGAUGAGAUGCGCGCACCGAAACUUAUGCCCCCUGGUGAGGUCUUUGUUGUUGAGACUAUGCGUGUUUUGCAACGGGAUGCGUUUACGGUGCCGGAUUUUGCCGGGGAUGGUUAUCCUCGUCUCGGGAGGCCCGCUACUAGGGUUCAGAUUCGGUUUAUUCGUGAUGUUGAUGCUUGGUUUGGGGAGUUGAGGUUUGCUAGUGGGAUGUUGAGUGAUCAUAAUCCGGCAAGGUAUGAGACUAGUCUUGCUGCUUUGGCGAGGGGGGUUUUGGAUGAGUGA